GAUAGGCUUUAAGCGGACUCUUAAACGAUGGAUUACAAACUCUGAAUUUAGUACACAAUUUCAAGUUAUCUUUAUUACUGGUCAUUUUGGACGUCAUAUUCUGACGCACUUUUAAUAACCCUUUUUCUCACGCAAAUACCCAAAAAUAUCUUUACUCUGAUAUAAGGGCAAUGAUUUGUUCUUUUACCCUUAACGUCGCAGUAUAGAUUCGAAGACUGUAACUUUCUUUUGUUGCUGAAAAAUCUUUUUAAACCAUGGACUUAUACUGCAAAGUCCUACUGACUCUCCUGAGCGUAUUUCAGUUCUUUCAGGUUCGUAGUGACACUGUAUCACCGUCAAAACAUCCAGGUCUGCAGGUGCUGGCCACGGCUUCACAUUACUGGCCCCUGGAUUCAGUGGAAGGGAUCCACGGUCUAUCAGACCAGAUUGGGAACAGAACAGGUCAUGUUAAUGGGACUAACAUAAACAUUGUAGAAGGAAUGGUGAAUAAGGGCAUCUAUCUGAAUGGUGAUAAUGGAGCCACUUACCUUCACUUUGGCAACUAUAAAGACUCCUGCAUAAGUGAUCCUACUCUGUGUGGACCUGCCGGGAUAACGUUCUCCUUCUUCUGGAAAAACAAAGAGAUAGAGUCUCGUUUUGCGAUUGCAUCCGGAGGUAAAAUCUUCUCGAGUGGUUUCUCUGUCUACUCCAACCCUCUUGGCGGAUACGUGGAGUUUUACACGAGAGGAGAUUCCAUGACAUGGAAAGCACAUAUCGAACUCCCAGGGCCCUACUGGACACAUGUGCUCUUCACAUGGACCCAAACGGAGGGGUUAAAGGUCUACAUUAAUGGAACAUUAAGCACCAGAGACCCCACAGGAAAUGUUUCCCAUAACUAUGGUGAUCCCUAUGCCGAUCUGGUCAUUGGCACAGGAAACAUCGGGCGUUACAACCACUAUGCCACAGGUGCCUUCGAUGAGUUUGUGAUUUGGGAGAGGGCCCUGUCCCCUCAGGAUGUCUGGAUGUACUACAAAGCAGCUAUUGGUGAGAAUGUGAUGUCCACCUUUCCAACCGAAUCAUCCAUCAAUCUCAGUGCUACGACAGAUAAUCAAUUACAGAUAAUCACAGAGAUGCCCCAACCAGCCUCCACAAAGCUGACAAAGGAAGUUCAGAGACUUCAGGAACCCAUGCAGUUACAAGCGCUGGACCUUCUUCAGUCUCUAUCGUUUAACCUUCCAAACAAGACUAUACCUCAAGAAACAGCCAACAACCUUACACAGACUCUACUGAACAGUGUGGAUGAGGUCAUAACCGCCAGCGACUGGAGAGAAAACAAUGAGCAGUGGAUUCCAGUGGUCAAUGGUCUGGUGGAGACUGUGGAUAAGGUGAUGGUGCAGAUGGCCUCCAAGCUUCGGUCCAGCCCACACUCAGAGGCUCCUCUGGCCAUAGGGGGCAAGAGUUCUGUGGCAGAUUACUCUCUGAUGAAGAUCCCUCAGAACUACAAUCUGCCCAGCUACCGGUUCCCCACCCAAGGGAAGAAUUACAUCUCAGUACCAGGAGAGGCCCUUACAAUGCAGUCUCAGACCACGAUCGUGGGACUUUUCUACCACAAAAUGCACAACUACUACAAAAAAAUCAGCCCUCUACAAACAAGAAUAAAUGAGGCGGCGGAUUUUAAAGAUUGUAAGAUCCAGAUGGCCAGUCAUCUUAUUUCUCUGAAGGUGGAGCCAUCUCCUGUCCUGUCACUCAACCUGUCCACUGAGCCGCUCAUCCGGAUCGUCUUAACGCAUCAGCUGAAUACAGAACAGCAGCUCCUGGCCUUAAACCAAAGCAAUAAAGUGUUCCUGUACUGCGCUUUCCUGGACUACAGCUUUAAGGAGGGUGUGUGGUCCAAUGAGGGUUGUUUGAGAGCUGAUGGAAACCUGUCCUUCUCCAUUUGCUUGUGCAACCAUCUGACAAACUUUGCCAUCCUUAUGCAAGUGGUUCCCUUGGAGCUGUCAAAGGCACACCAGGUGGCGCUGUCCACUAUUAGUUAUAUUGGCUGCUCUAUCUCUAUUUUCUGCCUGGCAAUUACUCUGGUGACCUUUGCUGUGUUGUCGUCUGUUAGCACCAUCCGUAACCAGCGUUACCAUAUUCAUGCCAACUUGGCAUUUGCCAUUUUAGUUGCUCAGGUCCUCCUGCUCAUCAGUUUCCGCUUCAGUCCCAGCACGCUCCCAUGUAAGAUCAUGGCCGUGUUGCUGCAUUUCUUCUUCCUCUGUGCGUUCGCCUGGAUGCUGGUGGAAGGUCUGCAUCUCUACAGCAUGGUGAUCAAGGUGUUCAGCUCGGAGAGCAGCAAACACUUUUAUUACUAUGCCAUUGGAUGGGGAUGCCCUCUGGUCAUUUGUGUGGUGUCUAUGACCGUGUCACUCAACAGCUAUGGAGAAGUUGGCAAUUGCUGGCUGUCUCUGAAUAACGGGGCGAUUUGGGCUUUUGUAGCCCCUGCUCUGUUUGUUAUAAUGGUGAACAUUGGCAUUUUGGUAGCUGUGACACGAAUCAUAUCCAGAAUCAGCGCUGAGAACUAUAAGGUUCACGGAGAUUCCAACUCUGUGAAGCUGACGACUAAAGCAGUUGCAGUGCUCUUGCCCAUCCUGGGCAUAUCAUGGAUCUUCGGGGUUCUGGCAGUGAACGACCACUCCCUGCUUUUCCAGUACAUGUUUGCAGUGUUUAACUCACUACAGGGGUUCUUCAUAUUCCUGUUUCACUGUCUGUUAAACUCUGAGGUCAGGGCUGCUUUCAAACACAAAACCAAAGUGUGGACUUUAACCAGCAGCUCAAUCCGCAACAUCAACGUCAAACCUUUCAACUCAGACAUUAUGAACGGCAACAAGGGAGGUGUGACUCCCACGAGGAUGAACACGUGGGACAAGAGCACCAACUCUGCCAACCGCAUAGAUUUGUCAGCAGUAUAAUGGCUUCUGAUGAGGACAACGGCGUAGCAAUUCUUGUAGAAGAUGUGCCGAUCUAAAUCGCAUUUUAAAAGGACUUCAAUGGUGAAAUGGCUACAAACACUUGCAGCUAAUUGUAUGGUUAACUCACAACACAAGGUUCUCUGAUGUCAUUUGCUCCUGCUGAUGAUCUCUCUAUUACAAACAUUGGAUGAAGACACAAAGCCCGUUGUUGGGAUAAAGGAGCCCAUGACUUUCAUCAUUUGCUAAUAAUGUGGCCUGCUGAGGACUCUGAAUUCAUGAAAAUAUACUAACUCUCACAGACAGGAGACUCUCCUGCUUGCUCUGCUUGUUUGGAUAAUACACUAGAUCUGUGCUACACUUGGACCACUGUUUGGCCGUCCUUCAAAAAGAGGAGUCAUGUACAGGUCUGGAUUGUCUCAACUUUUGGAAGAAAGAAUCUUUGCAACAGUCCUCCUUAGUGAAGUACGUAGCAGCUUCUAUUACUUCCUGUCCAAUUGACACUAAAGUUCCUGCUAUUGCUUUUUCAGUUUUUCAAAAAUGCUUACACAUUUUUAUGAAACUAUGGCUCCAUUUCUUAAAAGCUCUACAAACAAGAUUCAAAACGUCACACGUAUCUUGCAAAAACUAACACUUCAUUCAAAACUAUAUUAACUCUUCUAAAAGUGCUAUUUUUGUGGUAACUCGACACAAACAAGAUUAGCCACAUACACGCCAAACUACACGCAUAUGUGAAAAAUGUAAAACACAACUCUCUUGUGCCUUUUGCUUGUUCAGAGUGCAGAAAAGUGCACAUAGCACUCGCGUGUACAUAUGGACAAAUGCACUGUAUAUACAGUAUGUAUGCACAACCGAUUAAUUUUACACAAUUAUGGAACUGAACUAAAUCAAUACUGAAGUGACUUAAGCUGAAUAAUGACACUAUUGGCU